AUGCAGUCCAUCACCAGAGCCACUCGCGCUUCUGCGCUGAAGAACGUUGGCCGCCGCGCCUACUCUUCGUCGCAGUACGCCAAGACCAUCAACAACCUGCGCAUCAACAGCGACACCAAGGUCAUCUACCAGGGAUUCACCGGAAAGCAGGGAACUUUCCACGCUGAGCAAGCUAUCGAAUACGGCACCAAGGUCGUCGGUGGAACAAACCCCAAGAAGGCUGGCCAGACUCACCUUGGCCUUCCUGUCUUCAAGAACGUCUCAGAAGCCGUCAAGGCUACUGGCGCUACCGCUACUGGUCUCUUCGUCCCUCCUCCUCUGGCCGCUGCCGGUAUCGAGGAGGCUCUCGAGGCCGAGAUCCCCCUCGUUGUCUGUAUCACUGAGGGUAUCCCCCAGCAUGACAUGGUUCGCAUCACCGACAUGCUCAAGACUCAGGACAAGACCCGUCUCGUCGGCCCCAACUGCCCCGGUAUCAUCGCCCCCGAACAGUGCAAGAUUGGUAUCAUGCCUGGUUUCAUCCACAAGCGCGGUCGCAUCGGUAUCGUCUCCCGUUCCGGUACCCUGACCUACGAGGCCGUCAAUCAGACCACCCAGGCCGGUCUCGGUCAGUCUCUCGUCGUCGGUAUUGGCGGUGACCCCUUCUCCGGCACCAACUUCAUCGACUGUCUCAAGGUCUUCACCGAGGACCCCAACACCGACGGUAUCAUCAUGAUUGGUGAGAUUGGUGGUUCCGCCGAGGAGGACGCCGCCGAGUUCCUCAAGCAGGCCAACACCGUCAACGGUGGCAAGCCCGUCGUCAGCUUCAUCGCUGGUAUCUCCGCUCCCCCUGGACGACGAAUGGGUCACGCCGGUGCCAUCGUCUCCGGCGGCAAGGGUGGUGCCGACACCAAGAUCAAGGCUCUUGAGGAUGCUGGUGUCAUUGUCGAGCGCUCCCCCGCUGGUCUGGGCAAGGCUCUCUACAACGAGUUUGUCCGCCGCGAUCUGCUAUAA